AUGGCAGAAAAGCUAGGCAUCGCUGGAGCUUUGCAGCGCCCUACUACUUCAAUCAUGUUUGGAGAUGCAACUUCUAAGUCUCCUCUUGGUGUGUUCGAGAACUAUCACUUGAAAAUUGGAGAAUGCAUCAUCCAAACUGAUCUUACUGUCAUGGAGAUUGAAGAAGAGAAGGAUCUACCUCUGCUAUUGGGAACACCAUUCCUUAGCACAGUUGGCGCUUUAAUAGACUUUCACAAGCAAGAAGUGAUUCUUCACAAGGUCAAUAGUUUGUUGUCAUAUCGCUUGCACCCUAGAGGUUCAGACUUUUGUGCCACAAUUGAAAGUACAUCUCUCAGUUCUAUGACUCAUGAAGCUCCAAAGAUUGUGAAGGAUAGGGUUGACAAAGAACCAAGAGUUAGGAAGGAUAAGAUUGAGAAGGACAAAGGAGUUGAUAGAGGACCAAGGAUUGAGAAGCCACGCCUUGAGAAGGCCAGAGUUGAGAGACCACGAGCGGAUAGGCUUUUUCAAGCACCUUGUGUACUUGAUGAGAAAAGCCUCCAAGCUUUGUUUGGUGAGCCAUUAGGAAGCGCUCAAAAAGAAAGGGAGGAUGUGAUAUACCUCUAUUUUACAUGCUUUUUAUAUGGUUUUACUAUGCUUUUCAUAAGGUUUUUAAUGGCUUUCUGA